AUGACGUGGCUGCACAUGCCAAGGGAGCCGAGUACCAGCGGCGGAUCGUACGCUGGCGGGGCCGCCAACAAGCAGUUGGACGACGACGGAGAGCCGGUGGACGGGCUGAGCCCCAAGGCCAUCGAGAACAUCCUCAAGGAGCACAACGCAUUCCGCGCCAAGGAGCAUGUGCCCCCUCUCACGUGGAACGCGACGGUGGCCCAGUACGCGCAGCACUACGCGAACGAGCGCAAGGGGGACUGCGCGCUGAAGCACUCGACGGGGCCGUACGGGGAGAACCUCAUGUACGGCGAGGGCAGGGCGUGGACGUGGCGCCACACCGUCGACGAGUGGAGCGACGAGAAGCAGAACUACCACUACGGCUCCAACAGCUGCGACGCCGGCAAGCAGUGCGGCCACUACACCGCCGUGGUGUGGAAGCACACCACCGCCGUCGGCUGCGGCCGCGUCACCUGCACCAGCGGCGACACCCUCAUGGUCUGCAGCUACUACCCGCCAGGGAACUACGACGGGGAGAAGCCAUUCUAACUCAUCAUAUCAUCAUCCUCAGCAUUUCUCUCUUAAUUAAUAUUCCAUCUGAUUAAUCGGUUAAUUAAUCACGUAGUUCAUUCUCCGCAUCCACACGACAGUAGUACAACUCCAGUAGAAUGUGCGUAUAUUUUUUAAUAUUUCUUGCACAUACAUAACAUGUGCAAAAAUUAGCAAUCUUCUGAGAUAAAGCCUUGCAGCUGCUGGUAGGAAAAUACCAGGUGUGCAGUAUUUUUUUUUCGGGUAGGUAUUGUAUUUUUUUUUUCUCAAUUUGAGAUUGCUUUUACCACGCUUGUCACGUGGUAGGUAGGUAUUGUAUUUCGUUGCCAAGAACAACUUAUGAUGUUUAUUCUUAACCAAGUAA